AUGGCGGAGGGGGGAGGAGAGCAGGUCUCGGUACCGGAACCCGAGAUACAGAAGAACGAGCUGGGGGAACUGCUGAAGACUCCGCUGAGGAAGGGGGACGAGUGGUAUCUCGUGGACAGCCGAUGGUUCAAGCAAUGGAAGAAGUAUGUCGGCUACGACUCGUGGGACAUGUACAAUGUCGGGGAGAACAGUCAAUACCCGGGGCCUGUGGAUAAUUCCGGAUUGUUUUCAGAUCCUGACACUCAGGUAUUAAAGGAGCAUCUGAUCGAUGAGCUGGAUUAUGUCCUCCUCCCGAUGGAGGCCUGGAACAAGCUGUUGAACUGGUAUGGGAGCGUCCAGGGCCAGCAGCCCAUCGUACGGAAGGUGGUGGAGCACGGCAUGUUUGUGAAGCAUUGUAAGGUGGAAGUCUAUCUGAUCGAAUUAAAGCUGAGUGAGAACAACAACCCCGAAAAAAUGGUCAGCCGGCACUUCAGCAAGGCCGACACCAUAGAAUUUGUAGAGAAAGAGAUGAGACGCAUCUUUAAUAUUCCUCCUGAAAAAGACACUCGGCUGUGGAACCGAUAUAUGACGAACACCUACGAGCAGCUCACCAAACCGGACAACACCGUACAGGACGCUGGGCUUUACCAGGGGCAGGUCCUGGUCAUAGAACAGAGGAACGCAGAUGGCACGUGGCCUAGACAGUCUCAAACAAAGUCAAGCACAGCGACGAGUAGAACGUACACUACCUCCGAGAAAUCACCAACAAGCAGCUACAUGUCUACUGCUUCCUCGUCGUCAUCAUCAUCCUCCCCCUCCACCUCCAUCACCAAUGGAGACGGCGGCAGCAGCAGCUAUGGCUUGAACAGUCUAGGGAAAGGGGGAUAUGGGUCAUCCUACAUGUCAUACAGCUACAGGGAGCCUUCCAGCAAGCCUGGCCUGUGUGGGCUCAGUAAUCUUGGCAAUACGUGUUUCAUGAACUCUGCUCUUCAGUGCCUGAGUAACACGCCGCCUCUAACCGAGUACUUCCUGACUGACGACUACAAGGACGAGAUCAACAAGGAGAAUCCGCUGGGAAUGAAGGGAGAGAUCGCCAUGGCGUACGCCCGAGCUCAUCCGACAAAUCUGUCUGGAGAACAUUCUUACGUGGCUCCACGAAUGUUCAAGACGCAAGUUGGUCGAUUUUAGCCCCCCGCAGUUCUCUCGGGUACCAGCAGCAGGACUCCCAGGAACUGCUGGCUUUUUCCUCUUGGACGGCCUCCACGAGGAUCUAAACAGAGUGAAGAAGAAGCCGUACCUGGAGCUGAAGGACGCUGACGGGCGGCCGGACUCUGUUGUAGCCAAAGAAGCAUGGGACAAUCACCUGCGGAGGAAUCAUUCUAUCAUUGUAGACAUUUUUUCACGGCCUUUUCAAAUCUAACGCUGGUGUGCCCUGAAUGCGCCAAAGUCUCAGUGACCUUUGAUCCCUUCUGCUAUCUCACCCUCCCACUCCCUAUGAGGAAAGAUCGCACCCAUGGAGGUUUUCCCUGUCCGCGGUGACCCGCAGUGCAAGGAGCCCACCCAGUUUUCCGAUUGGUUGUGCCUAAAAUGGGGACAGUCUCUGACCUGUGUGCAGCUCUGUCUAAACUGUCAGAAGAUUUCCAUGCAGAAAAUAUGGUGGUGACGGAUGUCUACAAUCACCGUUUUCACAAGAUCUUCCAGAUGGAUGAAAUGCUGAGCCACAUCAUGGAGCGGGACGACCUCUUUGUGUAUGAAGUGAAGUCUUCUCGGAGCGACGACUCGGAAUGGAUCUCACUGCCCAUCUGCUUCCGUGAAAGACGUUACCGUCAGAGCACCUCUACUGGAACUAUCCUGUUUGGACAGCCCUUGUUGGUCUCUGUGCCGCGCCACAACCUGACUGCUAAAAUGCUGUAUUGCCUCAUCCUGGAGAGGAUCCAGCGUUAUAUAAAAUCUCCCCUGCCGGAAGAGUUCAUCUGUCUGUCCAGUGAGAGUUCUGCCUGCAACGGCUCCAAUGGAAUUUAUGAUGAUGACAUGGAGCACCAGGAGGAGUCUGAGGAGAGGGAAGAGUCCCCGGAGGAAGCAAAUGGCCAAUCGGAUGACAGCGUAGGGGAGGAGAGCUCAGGAGAGCAAUGCAGUCCUUGUAAUAAAAUAGCAAAAAAAGCGCAGGAUUGUCGCCGGAGGCUUUUCUCCUUCAGCCUGGUCAAUUCUUACGCCACCUCUGAAGUGGGCUCCAUGCCGGCUGAAGGUUCCGCUCUGAAACUUAGCUCAUAUUCCACAGUGGCAUUAGACUGGGACAUGGAAGUAAAGAAAUUGUACUAUGAUGACCAGGAGGCAGAGGCCUUCAGCAAACACGAGUCCAUGCUCCAGCUGCAGAAGAAGAAGGUGACGGUGGCCCUCAGAGAUUGUAUCCAACUCUUCACCAAGACAGAGACACUUGGUGAACAUGACCCCUGGUAUUGUCCACAGUGCCGGAAACAUCAGAGGGCCACCAAGAAAUUUGACUUGUGGGCUUUGCCAAAAAUCCUUGUGGUGCACUUAAAGCGUUUCUCCUACAACCGUUACUGGAGGGACAAGCUGGACGCUGUGGUGGAGUUCCCUAUCAGGAAUCUGAUUAUGUCGGAGUUUGUCUGCGAUCCAACGGCUGAUCCAUAUAUUUAUGACCUGGUAGCAGUUUCCAACCACUAUGGUGGCAUGGGGGGAGGACAUUAUACGGCGUAUGCAAAGAACCAGGAUACGGGUCAGUGGUAUUACUUCGAUGACAGCAGUGUGUCUCCGGCUUCUGAAGAUCAGAUUGUGACAAAAGCGGCUUACGUACUGUUCUACCAGCGGCAGGAUAAUGUCAGCGUGAAAUCGCCGUCGCCUGCAGCGUCCCUGGGUUCUCCCCCAGCCGAUGAAGCUUUAGGGGAUGAGGAGACACAGCAAGACAUUGACUGUAUGGACACCAACUAG